AUGGUGCGUUUCCCGAGCCUCACAGUCGAGGAGGGAAAGCUUGUGACGAAGGGCCUCUUCUACGAGACGGGGGCGGGUAAUAUCAAGGUGUACCUCAAGUCGCUGCCGAAGUAUGCCCACAGCGAUGUCCGCCUCCUCUUCGACAAGGAGAUUGCCCUUCACGAGCAGUUACGUCAUCCCAACAUCGUCAAGCUUUAUGACGCGUCGCCGUCCUCGUCCAAAGAACCAAUCAUGGUAUUCGAGUACAUGGACGAGGGAUCGCUAGACACGCACUUUGGCAGCGGCGCAGACUCGUUCACGGACGACCGCAAGGUCCGCAUCGUGCGCGACAUCGCACAAGCGAUUGCGCACCUUCACAAUAAUGACAUGACGCACGGCAACCUCCUCCCGUCGCACGUGUUGCUGGACUCGGUCAAACCUGCGAAACUCACGGGCCUUUGCUCCAACGAGCAAGCCGACUCGCAGCUCGAAAUCUCGGCCGUACAGCUCAAUGUCGCCUCGUGCUUCUACGUGGCACCCGAGGUCAUUCUGGACGACGCAACGUACGAACCACCGGCGGACGUUUUCGCAUUCGGCUGCUUGAUGUGGUGCGUUGAUAUCGUGCACGAGAUCUACCCUACCAACGGUGGCGACGUCAUCGAAUUUCGCCACAUCAUGGAUUGGAUCUCGUCCGGUGGCUUUGACGACGUGGCCCGCGAUUUUUCGCCUUCGUGCCCUGGCUGGUACGCCGCAAUCGCAAAGCUAUGCAUGCGUCGCGACCCGAACGAGCGCCCCACCAUUCAACAAGUACUGCGCCAACUCGAGAAGGACGCUCCAUGAUGUUUCCUAUGAUUCAUUGACGUUUUGUUCUUUCUCUUUUUGACGUAGACUCUUACCGAGAGAUCAGGGUCUAAUGCAUUUCC